AAGCGGACUCUCUCGCUGUCGCGUUCGUCCAUCCCGCAACGGCGUGUGUGAGAAAAAAAGACGGGUUUAAAACGUUAAAAGAGCGAGACGCCUUGUAGGCGAGUGCGAGGCAACGAAAGAGGAGAACAAGUAGACAAGGCAAAGAGACAACGAGUUAAGUGUGUUAAUCGUGCAUUCCGGGGAUUACCGCAGGAUCUGGAUAAUAAUUUAAACACAUAAGGGUGAUUAUCACGGGGAAUAUCGUUCGGGGAUUGUGGCGGAAUUGAGGAGGGCUUGGGAAGAGGUUCGAAAUAUCGUGUGACUGUGCCACAGUUACGACUACCGCCGCCGUCAUGGCAACUCCACGAUCAUCCGGGUGUACCAAGCCGGACAUGGAGAUCGUAAAAGCUUCGUAGAAGUUAUCACAUGAUCAAAGGCAGCGCAUCAAUGGCCCUAGAAUCAAAUGGUAACAACGUGGUCUGGUUGAACGCAACCCGUCCUGAUCAAAUACAGCAGCACGUUGGGAAAGACGACCCACUGCGGAUCGAAUCCACCGAGGAUCAGAGCCACCUGCAGCAGACACAGCAUCACAGAUACCAGCGCAAUCUCAUUAAGAUACCGAACCAACAGAGUCAACAGGUCGAUCAGCCAGUAAAGUGUUCCAUGUUUACUCAAACGGAGCAAACUAAUAGUUUUACACAAACUGAACAAAGCAACUCUGGUUACGCUGAGCAGCGUCAGCCCCAACAGCAGGCGACAAUGUUCGAUCCUCAGCAAAUACAGCAACAGCAGCCGGCUCAGGGACAGCAAUCCCAGCAGCAGGGCCAGCAGAUGCAGUACGUAACAGAAAAAAAAGAGGAGAAAACCCAGCAACAGGCAACAACAGCUGAAUUUCCCUUCUAUUACAAUGUCAAUAUGCUGCAGAAGGUACAAACAAAUACAGUUAGCACGAUUGGUGCUAUAACAACAGAUGACAAAGGCUGUUAUCGUUUCGAUGUACAACCUGUUGGUUACAAUACACUGCUGAAUCAAAUGAGUCUGGCAGCAGCGACAAAUGCUGCAACAUUCAAGUGUGACAUUUGUGGAUUGGUGUUUGGCCAUUUAAGUCUGCUUAAUCAUCACAAGAGACUUCACAAUUCUACACCGAGUAAUCUGCAACAACCUCAGCAGGUUGUCGUGCAAGCACCGACAACUGUCACUGUUGCAACAACACCUGAGAGACCGUACACUUGUGAUGCUUGUGGUGCUUGUUUUGCAUUACCUGGAGAAUUGAAGAGUCACAAGACUAAUAUGCAUCAGAAACCUAAAGUCCAAGUGUGCGAGGAGUGCGGGAGUGAAGAUCCCUGUGAACAUCAUCCGACUAAAGUUAAAAAGACAAUCAAGCCUGGCCAUCAUCCUGUUAAACGAAGGGGCGUGACUAGUGUAACCAAGUGCCACAAGUGCAAUGGAACGGGAAUCAUUUUCAUUGGCGGCAAGCAAAACCAGAACCAGCCGGAGAAGCCAUUUCACUGUAACGUUUGUGAUGGAACAUUUUCACGCUACUCAUCGCUCUGGUCACACAAGAGACUCCACUCUGGGGAUAAACCGUUCAAGUGCGAAGUCUGUGGUUUGGCCUUUGCGAAGGCUGCUUACUUGAAGAAUCAUGGACGCGUGCACACUGGUGAAAAACCAUUCAAGUGUAGCGUAUGUGGUAUGCAAUUUUCGCAGAGUCCACACUUGAAGAAUCACGAGCGCAUACACUCGGGCGAGCGUCCAUAUCAGUGCGAAGUUUGUGAGAAAACAUUUGCGAGACACUCGACACUGUGGAAUCAUCGUAGAAUUCAUACUGGUGAAAAGCCGUACAGGUGUAAUACUUGUGGUUCGGCUUUUAAUCAGGCGACUCACUUAAAGAACCACGCUAAAGUGCAUACCGGUGAAAAACCGCAUAGAUGCGACAUUUGUGAAAUAGGUUUUUCGGAUCGUUUUGCCCUGAAACGUCACCGUGCAAUUCACGAAAAGUACGGACAAACAGCGAGAAAUCAGAAUGCCAACAGUGCGAGUAACUCGCAGCAGCCAAAUACGAGUAAUCCCCAGCAGCAGCAACAGCCCAACACGAGUAAUCCCCAGCAGUCACAACAGGCCCAACAGCAGCCCCAGCCACAACAGCAGACCCAGCCAGGCCAGCCCCAAGUAGUUGUUGUAAAUGCAACGACACCAGUAACUGUCAGCCAGGGCCAGGGACAGGCAGUAAUGCUGGACGAGGUAUACAAAUGCCAAGUUACUUUUCCAGAGCCUAAAUGAUUUGACAGUUGAGAAGAGGACACAUGCCAAAUGCUGUGCUGAAUAAUUAACCAGAGAGUUUCUUAUCUUUAUCCUUCGUCACAAGGAAACAACAUUUCGGGAGAUACUAUUUUUCAUUAUUCCGUUUCUCUCCUUUUUCCCUUUGUUUUUCGUCAUUCAUCAUCUCACGAUGGUGUGUGUUGUAUCUGUGAAACAAGGUUCAACUUGUUUGAAUAAUGAAUAAUUUUUAACUACCUGUGCCGACGAUAGACAUUUUUUAAAAUACGCUUUACACAAAUUAAUGAGAAAAUUAAUGAUAACGAUUAUUGAUGAAAAAAUAAGUAACACACAGUUUGUUCGUCAGUUGAAAGCGUAGUGGUGAUUCGAAUUGAAUAAUGAACAAUUUAUUAAUGAUAAAUAAUUGAUACUGCAAGGAACGAUAAUGAGUAUCGAACAGGCAGACUAAUCUGUUUUAUAAUUUUAAGGCCGAAUACUAUAUUACAAAUAUCAGUUAUAUACUAUAGAGAGAAUAGUUUGUAAUGGUGAAUAGCUGAUUAGAGUAAUUAUACGUAUAAAACUUCGAUACAUUAUUUUCAUUUUCCUUUCAAACAAUUGUAAACAGAGCGAUUGUCACUGAUCGUUAAAAUUAUGUCCAAUUAAAAUUUUCUUAUUUCAUGUAACUAGCAUUCGCUUUAAUCACUAAUUCGCAAUGAGAAAGAUUGUUGAGACAAUGUUUGUAAUGAUUAUUGAUUGAUUAUAUAAUUUUAUUUUCUUAGUGAGUGUCUCGAUAGACGGGAAAAUGAUGAAAAUAAGUACAUGAUGCUUUCAAAAUCACUUUGUGGCGUGAAUGAAAAAAAUGUGGUGCAGCUUAUUUCGAAUUAAAGAGGAGGGAAAUGUCAAUUGGCUUGAGUCUGAUGAUCUUUAAAGUCUAAGAUUUUUAAAAAUGGACCCUUAAUCGACUCGUGACAACGGGGUUUUCCUUUUUUCACAUCACGAUGCACCUGUUACAAUCAAUAGUCUGUUCGUCUUCGCUGUAUUCCCCCUCACCAGUCAGUAAUUAGCAUGAGUCAAAAUUCCCUGUUGUUUCUUCUUCCUUGGUCGCUUUAGCGAUGUAGAAUUUUCGUUUUCUCUAGAAUUUAAAGCAAUGUUCAUUUGUAAAUUAACGUUUAUUGUAAAACUGUUACGUUAUAUUUCUCUCUGAACGUAAAUACGGUCAUAAUACCUGCUACAGUAUUUCGGAUUAGAUUAGAUACAAUUUAUCUAUCAAUGUUUCUGCACAUUUUAUUCAGCCUAACUCAAAACGUCGAAUCAGUUUGCAAAAAGAAGAACUAAAAAAAUCUCAAGUGAAUUUAUUAUUGUGAUUUAGUGGGCACCUGAAGCAGCAAAGUGGAGUUCCAGAGGCUGAAUUGACACGCUUUUUAUCCUUAAUUUUCACACUUUUCUUUUCUACUCAUUAUUAUGUUGACUACGUUCAAUGACAAGAGAAGUUUAUAUCACUAUUGAAACAACAUGUGAAUAGUUAUUAGUGGUAGGUCAGGGACUGCAUUAUGUUCAAAAAAAUUUGUCUCGUUUUCGUCGAUAUUUGUUAUUCACUCAUCGUCAGUCUCACGUUAUUAAAUUCCACGUGUAAAUAUCUGUGAAUUUCUUCUUAAUUAUCCAGUAAUGUUAAUGAAUUGUCUUCCUACAAUUGCAUAAGAUACACCUGACCUGCCAAAUUCACGAGAUAAUGUUGAAUUUUCAUCAUUGACACCAACUAUUUUCAGGCCAAUAGUGGUGACCAUUCGUUUGCCAAUUUUUCUUUUUCACACGAAAAUGUUGAUUUUUGAUUUAUCAGUCAGUGAAAUGAAGGUGAAUGUGAGACGACAAAGUAUUUGUCCUGUACAAUAUACUCAGUGAAUCAUGGGGGGGAUUGAAAUCCUGGUCCCUGGAUGCCAAUCGGGAUGCUUAGACUAACAGAUGUUCUUUCAUUUACCCUCUUUAAUUAUUUGUGGUGAACCGUUAACUAUAUUGUACAGCGUACAAACUCAGAUGUACCUAUGAUAAUGAAGAAAAAAACAAUUAGCCUAAGUUUAGAAUUAAUUGAAUUCUCUGGCAUCACGGAUAGUGUUUAAAUAUUUUUUAUUGGCAAGAGAUGAAAUAAUGAUAAAUGAAGUGAAUGAAUAAAGUAACAUGUGCAAGGAUUUCUUUGCAAGCACUAUCCAAGCUGAUUUAUUUUUGCGAUACCGAAAGUCGAUUUUUAUUCCCAGAAUUUGUAUGUAAAAAUGAUAUAUAUAUUAUAAAUACAUUAUGACUAUUGUUUCCUCUUAUGUUGAUUCUUCAGGCAAGUCUUGACUUACAAUUGUACAUGUUAAUUGCAGUGAGGUGGUUAUUAGUUGGAGGUGAUUGAUGCAUUAGUCGAACAACAUGAGUCAUUCAUUGAUAGUAUGUCACCUCACAGUCUGUUCAGCUCUGUGUGUCCAACUGUACACGAUUGAAAAUUUUUGUAUGAAAAAAAAUGAGAACAGCGUGUAACGUCUAGAUUUAUUUACUGUCGAUAUGAAUAAUUAGGAGUUACGGGGAGAUGUUGCGUUGCAGGCGAAUGAGAGCAAGUAACAUGCGAUCCAAGUAGCGCACGAUAUAUACGAAAUUAGGUAUUAAUAAAUAUGUCUCGAGGGACAUUUCAAUUUUUUAAA